UUUUUUGACCGGUAAUUGUAAGUUUUAUUGAUUAUAAACACUACAGGCACAGCAUAAUUAUUAGUCUUUUUUUUGGUGUGAUGAUGACGAUAAUGAAAUGUAGCAGCAUCUACGAGAGACCAGACGUGGCCUUAGAGAAUGGCAGCUGCGACUUCGAAUCUAUGAGGCUACAGUGUCACGUGCUAUUCACAGCUGUAUCAUUAUUGGCUGUAUGAAUCCCCGCUGAAUGUGACUGACAGGCCGAAGCAGGCCGAAAUCGCCGAGCACGCGCUUUUGUCCUACAUCGCUUUAUUCAAACUACACUCAAAUUUGUGUAGCGUUCCGCGUAAGCACCCGUCGCCUACGAUGCCAUCAGACCGCGUGCUCAUCGCGUCGUGCGGUCAGAAAUUAGAAGCCUCUCGCGAAGCUCUCCGACAAUGCUCGCGCUACUUCGAUGCCAUGUUCGCGUCGGGCAUGAAGGAGUCGUCGUGCGACGAAAUUGAGAUGCGAGACAUUGAGCCAGACACCCUGAGGGCGCUCAUCGACGUGUCCGAAGGCCGUUCAGUGAAGGUGUCGAACGACAACGUCGACAGCCUGUUGAAAGCGGGCUGCCUCUUUCAGUUCGAGCUACUGCGAAGAGAUUGCACCGAGCACUUGCUUCGGACAGUCUGCCUCGACAACGCCGUCGAAACGUGGCAAAAGGGCGACGUCUUCGGCGUUCGACAGUUGUGCCGUGCUGCCCUGGUGACUCUUCUCUGCGAGUUCGAGAAGUUCGUCGACCACGCCUCCCUGGCGAGCUGUCCGCGUCCGCUGCUCGAGCGUCUACUGUCGAAUGACACGCUGAACGUGUCGAACGAAAGUGUCGUGCAGGCGGCGGCAGAGAAGUGGUUGAGAGCCAACAGGGCCUCUUGCACUGUCGAGGAAGUUAUCGCGAUCGCAUCGCGCGUCAGGCGUGGUCAGCUACACGAACAGGCAUCAGCGGCGUGGUGCUCGUUUGUCGAGGCCUUGCUUGUCGAGCGGGAUAACGCAAUGGACCAGUGGCGCGAAGCCAUGCAAAGCAGCGUGACGAUGCCGCCACGAUCGAUCAUGCGGCCUGCCGUCGCAGUGUCCUUGCUCGGCGGGAGUUGUCGCGAAGUUUCCAACUUGUGCGUGUACAUGCCAAAGAAGAGCGACGAGGGUGCCUUCACGUUUCACUCGGCGCUGCCUGUGUCGGGCCGCCCCGAAAUUCUUCGAGGAUUUGUCGUCUGCUCCGUCGGGAAGGAUGCCUACUUCCUCUGCGGCGAAUACGGAAUCGGAUCCGGCCACUGGAAUCUCAACGUAUUUCGUUGGGACCACAUGCUGUCGCAGUGGGUUGAGGUUGCUACGCUACCAGAGCCGAGGAGGCACUGCAAGCCAGUUGUCGUGGGAAACCUAAUUCAUCUGUACGGUGGGUUCGGCAGGUACCGGGUGCGGCUGUUCAGCGUUGACAUCUAUGACACAAGUACUGGUUUGUGGCAUCGGGGAGAGACACUUCAGGAAGAAGUUGCCGUUGACGCCAGUGCAAUCGUAAACUUGAAUGACCAUGUGUGCAUCAUCCCGACGUGUCCGGCGGGCAGUAACGAAACGGUCCGCGCCAUCCACUUCCCGACAGACGUGUUUACCGUAUCACGGUUCAUCGCCAUUCCGUUCAGCAGUCACAAGACGGUCAUUGUGUGCAAGGGUGCUGACAGCUGGUACACCUUUCACGAACCGAGGACCUUUUCGGAAUACACAAAUCCGCGAAUGUCGCUGCAGUCCCUUCUCUGUGGCUGUGCCCUUGGCGACGGAGUCGGCUUCUUUAUGGAGAAUCAGAAGAGUGCAGUGUUGUACAAUUUCGACACUGACGAGCAGCAGAGACUGUACACUGGCUUUGGCAAUCAUGUCAUGGUGGAAUGUUGCUUUGGGAUGCCCUAUUUUGACUUGGCUGAGUGAGUUUGUACAUUUAGCGUAAGUUCAUUAUUUAAUUCAUUAUUGUUAUUGAUUCAGUCCAAUAAACUGAUUAGUUAAGAGGGA